AUGGUCCCGCCGGAGAUGACGGCGGAAAGCGGCGAUCGGGUGGUGGGUGGGGGUGUAAGAACCCUAAUAAGCUAUCCUCCGCCCAUCCAGAGCCCACCUCCGUCGCCGAUUGAUACCUCCGACGAACCUAACAAGCCAUCCUCCGCCCAUCCAGAGAUCAACAAGCCAUCCUCCGCCGCCGAUGGAUACCUCCGACGAACCCAACAACCCAUCCUCCCCCCAUCAAAAGCCCACCUCCGUCGUCGCCGCCGCCGCCGCCCAACCUCUUCUUUCCAAACAAUACCCGCCGCUCGAACCGCCUAUCGCCUCCAUUUCCGGAAACGACGAAGAAGACCAAACAUAGUACCCAACAAGCCAUCCUCCCAUUAUCGGUGA